GGCCAUGUGGAGGCGGUAGUACGUCGGGCCUAUCUUGACUACUGACUCCAGGCGAGAUCUGAGCCGCUGCGAGCUGCCUGUCUGUCUCUCCCCAGAUCGAAGAUGGCGGUGUCCGUGUUCUCAAGCGUGCGCCUCCUCUCCAUCGGAGACGCCAAUGGAGACAUACAGCGACAUUCAGAGCAGCAGCCUCUGCGACUGGAGAUCAAAACCAACCAAGACGCGGCUCUUAUAAGCCUCUCGAACAAUGAGGACACAUGUGUGUUUAAGUGUUCGGUGUCACAGGAGACGGAGUGCAGUCGUGUUGGGAAGCAGUCCUUCAUCAUUACUCUGGGCUGUAACAGUGUCCUCCUGCAGUUUGCAUCUCCAGCAGAUUUCUCGUCGUUCUAUAACCUCCUGAAAAAUUGCUGUGGACACAGGGGCGAACGCUCAGUCUUCAGUGAUAGGACGGAGGAGUCCUCAGCUGUACAGUAUUUUCAGUUUUACGGCUACCUCUCUCAACAACAGAACAUGAUGCAGGAUUACGUCCGAACUGGAACAUAUCAACGGGCCAUCCUCCAGAACCACACCGACUUUAAGGAUAAAGUUGUGUUGGAUGUAGGUUGUGGCUCUGGGAUUCUAUCAUUUUUCGCAGCUCAGGCUGGAGCUCGUAAAGUCUAUGCUGUGGAGGCCAGCACCAUGGCUCAACAUGCAGAGGUGCUUGUGAACAGUAACAGGCUGUCAGAACGUGUUGUAGUGAUUCCUGGGAAAGUGGAGGAGGUGACCCUACCUGAGCAGGUGGAUAUCAUCAUCUCUGAACCUAUGGGCUACAUGCUGUUCAAUGAAAGAAUGCUGGAGAGCUAUCUACAUGCCAAGAAAUUCCUCAAGCCCACUGGCAAAAUGUUUCCCACAAUUGGAGACGUUCAUCUUGCCCCUUUUACAGAUGAGCAGCUUUACAUGGAGCAGUUUACUAAGGCCAAUUUCUGGUAUCAGCCAUCUUUCCAUGGGGUGGAUUUGUCUGCACUGAGAGGAGCUGCGGUAGAUGAAUACUUCAGACAGCCUAUUGUGGACACGUUUGAUAUCAGGAUCCUGAUGGCCAAAUCAGUGAAAUAUACAGUCAACUUUUUAGAAGCUAAAGAAGAGGAUCUUUACAAGAUAGAAAUCCCCUUCAAAUUCCACAUGAUGCAUUCAGGGCUUGUGCACGGGCUGGCUUUCUGGUUUGACGUGGCAUUCAUAGGAUCAGUGUAA